CUGCCUGCUCAAGGUUUCUCUGGCCAUUGCCCUCGCCGCAAUGUCGUCCACUCUCUCUGCCGAAGAUGAAGAUAUCUUCGAGCGUCUGCAGCACCGUGCGGAUCCCAAAAUACAGGAAGAGCAGCAGCAAGCUGUCAAUGAACGGGUUAAUGUCAUUUAUCAAAAGGCCCAGUCACGGCUGGGAGAGCUGAUCGACCAAAACUCCACCCUGCCGUGCGCCAUCUCGUCAAUCCAGGUUCUCAACGCGAAAAACACACGCAGGGCCUUCCUGGAACGGAUUUUCGAUCCUCUGCUAAGCGCUAAUAAGACGAGGCCGUAUACGCUCGCCGAGGCUUUGCGGGAGGUGUCGGCACGCGCGGACAAGCUCAGCAGGUUUGAUGUCUUCCAGCAACCGGUCUCCGUAUACCUGGAUCAGUCACCCGAUGCUGACAUUCGGACCGGACUGCCCAACUUCGAUGUCUACAUUUCCGCCAAGGAGAAGUCCCGCGUCCUGUUGAAGACGGGAACCGAUCUCGGAAACACUGAGGGAUCGGCAUUUGGAAACCUCCUCUGGCGCAAUGUGUUUGGAGGUGCCGAAAACCUGAACUUGAACGCUUCCAUGGGCACCCGAACCCGGUCUGCUUACCAGGCUACCUUUGAGACCCCGAUUCUCAGCGACCCCGACUUCCGUUUCGAGCUUGGUGGUCUUGCGAGUGCGACGCAAAAGUCAUGGGCCAGCCACGAAGAGGUGCUGAAAGGGGGCUGGAGUAAGCUCCGGUGGCUGAGUCAGUCCGGCCAUCGCCAUGAGCUCGGCUACAAUGGAUUCUGGAGACAGAUGACCAGCUUGGCCGACAAUGCGUCUCUGGCGGUCCGGGCGGAUGCGGGCGACAGCGUGAAGAGCAGUAUUUUCCAUAGCUGGACCCAAGACCGACGAGACAACCCUCUCCUCCCGUCUCGCGGGUACUACGCCAAAGCUUUCAACGAAUUGGCUGGUUUGGGGCCUCUCAAGGGAGACGUCUCCUUCUGGAAAUCCGAGAUUGAGACGCAGGGCGCAAUCCCCAUCCCCAUUCCUGGUAUCAAAGGCGACAGCGGAGUUAGCUUCACCACCAGCUUCCGUGCCGGCCUCCUCUAUCCCCUCGGACUCGAUUCCCACAACCGGCCCCAGCCUUCGCGCGUCAACGAUCGCUUCCUGCUCGGAGGGCCCACCGAUGUUCGCGGAUUCCGCCUCUGUGGUCUCGGACCUCACGAUGGGCAGGAUGCCGUGGGCGGAGAUGCCUACGCUGCGGGAAGCGCCAACCUGUUGCUCCCCCUUCCCCGAGUGGGCGCGGAAAAGCCUCUCCGUCUCCAGGCGUUUGUGAACGGCGGACGCCUGCUGCCUCUGCGCACCUCGCAGAAGACGGCACCCAGCACCAGUGCGGAGGUUCAGGAUGCUGUGACCUCUACGCUUUCCGAGCUGGGCAAUGGACUGCCUAGUAUGGCUGCUGGAAUUGGGCUGGUGUACGCUCACCCGGUUGCGCGGUUCGAGCUGAACGUUUCCCUCCCGUUAGUGUUGCGCAAGGGUGAGGAGGGUCGGAAGGGAUUGCAGCUGGGGAUCGGCAUCAACUUCCUGGUCACCCCUUUCCAACAAUACCUCCACACCUCCCAAUCUAUCAACAUGGCCCAAUUCUACCCACAGCAACAACCCUACGGGGCCGCCCCAGGCCCAUCCGCCCAAAACCUCCAAUUCUACCCAUCCUCCUACGGCUCCGUAUCCGGCCACACGACACCCUCGCAAGCCUCGUACGGCGGAUUCGGCGGCGCAUCCAACCCCGCCGCGCAGGCAUACUCCGGCGGUGCCGGGGGCGGCUACGGGUUCGGGUCUCCGGCUGGGGCGGGGGCUGCUGCUGCGGCGGGCGUGGGCGGCGUGAGUGGGAGGAUGGGCGAGCAGGGGGGUCUGCGGACGGGGUGGCUUGCUGCGUUUGGGACGGAGGGGUAUGACGGAGAGCCGCCUUUGUUGGAGGAGUUGGGGGUGAAUUUUGAACAUAUUCGGACGAAGACACUCACCGUUCUCAACCCAUUCGCUCGAAUCGACCAACACCUAAUGGACGACAGCGACCUGUACGGCGCCCUGCUGUACAUCGUGCUCUACGGGACCUUCCUCCUGCUCUCAGGAAAGGUCUUCUACGGAUACAUCUACGGGGUCGCCGUCUUCGGCACCGUCGCCCUGCACCUCAUCCUCAGCCUGAUGUCGCCCGCGCUCGACACAGCCCUACACACACCCCCCAACGCAGCCGACCCCUCCGCCAACUACGACCCGCACCACAAACCCAGCAUGUCCGACGCGUCCGCCGCGGGGCACUUCUCGGCAACGCUGACGUUCCCGCGUUCCGCCAGCGUGCUGGGCUACUGCUUUCUGCCACUGGUGCUGACGAACCUGGUAGGCAUCAUGCUGCCGAUGGAUACGCUGUUCGGGUAUCUGUUGACGACGGCUGCCGUGGGCUGGUGCACGUACAGCUCGUCGGGGAUGUUCUGCGCUGUGGCGCGGAUGCGCGGGAUGAGGGGACUGGUGGCGUACCCGUUGGCGCUGUUUUAUGUCGUUUUUGGGAUCAUGGGGAUUUUUUCGUCGCGCGGGAGUGGCUCGUUGGCUGCUAAGACGGGGUCGGCUUGAUGCGCUUUCAAUUUCGGAUAUGUUGUGUCUGGGGACUUGUUAGAGCCUGACGCUGUUUACUGUAUAUUUCAAUGACUCACUCUGUGUGGACCUUUCACUUUACUCUACUUUACUUUACUUUACUUUACUUUUCGUGACUUUGUUACUUGUUACUUGUUACUUGGCGUACUGUACUCAAUAUAUGAUUCAUGAAAAUGGCCAUCAUUUAUACCUAAGCAGCUAUGCAAUGUAUCAAAGCUUGGUUAUAUCUAUUGUCUAUAUACAUCACUUACUUCAACAGCAUGCAUAUAUUAUGUCAUACAUAUAUCACGCUGUAUCCGCCAUCACUCACUUCACUUGAAACCCCCAGCACUCUCCCCCCUAGCAGGAGCCCAAUUCUCCAACCACUCCCUGCUCUUCUCGAU